AUGCUGGCUGCCAAAACACCAAUGUCCAUCAGCGCACUGCUGAACCCGCCACAAAAGACAGAGCCAAAUGUUCUGCCAGGAAACCUUCAUUUGUCGCUUUGCCUGGACAAUGGCUCUAUGGACUAUCGAUACGAAAACUUUGACGGUGCCACAACCGCAUCGAGUGCUAGGAGAGAUCGCCGAAGACCUCCCCGGCCCAAGUACAUGGAAGAAGAGAUGUACUUCAUCUGGUACCACCGCAUCGACCUCGAGGAGGACUGGAGGGAAUGUGCCGAUGCCUUUAACCGGCAGUUCCCCUCCCCCCAAGGUCGCAACGUGCAGGGUAUCCAAUGCAAGUUCUACCGCUUCAUCAACUCCAAGAGAUGUCCCACUGUGCGGGAGCAGCGACGACUGAAAGACGGCGAGCUUAUAACCGGUCGACGCAGGCGUGGAGAGCGGUUGCCCCAGUACGGCGUUGUUGAAUGGUGCAACAUCUGGUAUCCCUGGAUGAGACCCGAUCAUGCUGUUACUGGGCUUCGAUUGGGACCACACGCGACUCCUGUUGGCCGCUUGGAUGAUCGUAGAACAUCCUACAGCGGGUCGUCCUCUGAAGCGACGACGCCUGAGCCUUACUCGCCAGGAUCCUAUUCUGACGAUACCGAAAGCCAGGAAGAAGAAGCCCACUAG